GAUGGGCAGAGGGGGUGAGAGCCCAGCACCGGUGCAGGACCUGCUGCAGGAUGUGCAGCUCACCCCGCGCUGCAGCCCCAGAGGCUCCCGGCACCCCUUCAGUGCCGGAUUCCUUGGGCUGACCCCGCAGCAUCACACGGGGAUAGCAGGACCGUGCCUCCCGUGCUGUCCCUGUCCUUGUCCCUGUCCCUGUCCCUGUCCCUGUCCCUGUCCCUGCCCCCGCGCCUGACGCCAGCUCCUCGCCCACUCCCGGGCCAAGCGGGCCGAGAUGAGCCUUUAAAGGCGAACGGGUUCCUCCGCAUUCACUCCGCGGGAGCUGUCCCUGCCUGUUCCUCCCUGUCCCUGCCUGUUCCUCCCUGUCCCUGCCUGUCCCUCCCUGUCCCUGCCCGUCCCUGCCCUGUCCCCGCUCCAGCCUUUGAGCAACGCGCCCUCCUCAGACGCAGCCGGCCCCCCCUGUCCCAAGGGUGUCGCGGUGUCCCCAAGGUGUCCCGGAGCUGUCUGGGGACAGCCGUGCAUGGAGGGGCCGCUGCCCUGCGGCCCUACAGCAGCACAGCAGGGAUGUCCGAGACCCCCCCCAGCAAGGAGGCUGCCCCGGCCGAGUGCCCCGUGUGCUACGAGAGGUUCCAGCCCCUGGAGGCCACGCACCGCCGGCUCAGCUGCGGCCACACCUUCUGCCACGACUGCCUGGUGAAGUGCCUGCUGUCGGCCAAGCUGGACGGGCACGUCCAGAGCAGCAUCGCGUGCCCCGUGUGCCGCUUCGUCACCUUCCUCAGCAGGAAGAAGGCUCUGUGGCUGCCCAGGGCCACCGACCCCCGCGCGGCAGAGGUGCCCCUGUCGCAGCUGGCCAGGAGCGAGGCCACCAACACGCCAGAGGUGCCCCUGUCCCCAUCGUCCCUGUCGCAGCUGUCCAAGAGCGAGCCCACCAACACGCUGGAGGUGCCCCUGUCCCCAUCGUCCCUGUCGCAGCUGGCCAGGAGCGAGGCCACCAACACGCCAGAGGUGCCCCUGUCCCCAUCGUCCCUGUCGCAGCUGGCCAGGAGCGAAGCCACCAACACGCUGGUGGUGCCCAGCCACUUCGUGCUGCCGGUGCAGAGCCUGGAGCGGGUUCCCCCCGGCGCGGGGCUGGCACGGGAGGCGCACAUCUUUGUCAUCAGCGAGCACGGCAUGCCGCCGCUGGCCGCCCAGCACUGCGGCUCGCUGCCCCGGGGCAGCCGGGGGGACGCGGCCAGCUCGGGCUCGGUGUCGCUGGCCGGCUCGGUGUCGUCCAGCCCGGCGCUGGGGCUGCAGUGCUGCCAGUCGCCCAUGGCCCUGGCCGUGAUGCUGGUGCUGACCGUGGCCAUGCUGGCCGCCGUGCUGCCGUGGCUGCUGCUGGUCAGGAGGGACUUGUAGCACGGCUGGGACCCCGAGGGGGUGUCGCUGGUGCGGGGACACAGCCGGGCUGGAGCUCUUCUCUGAAAGCUCCUGGAGAAAGCCCAGAAGCAGCUCCAGGUGAAGCUCUCUCACCUGGCCAGGGGCUGAACGGACUCUCAGACCUUCCUGCAGAUCUCCAGCUGCUGGCAGUGGCACUGCUGGCAUUUUCUGUCCCUUCUGGUUAAGAUUUGGCAGGCCAAAGGCUGCUGUGGCUCCUGCAGGGUGUCUGUGGGGAGGAGAGGAGCCCCUGCAGCCCACGGCAGCACCUGCGGGGCCGAGGGGGCCGUGCUGCUCCUGCCCUGGCACCGGGCACAGCCAAGGGCUCUGGGGCUCAGGGCUGCCAGGCUGUGGGGCUCUGGGGGUCCCCAGGCUCUCAGGACAUGGGGGUCAUCGUGAUGCAGCCAGCCUGGAGCAGAAACUCACAGCUUCCACCCCGGGAUGGAGAAACCACAGCCUGCAGCUGUGGGGCACGAGGGCAGGGAAAACAGAGGAUGGAGAGAGUAGUGCUGGCCCUGCUGAGCUCACCUUCCCCUCUGCCAGCCUCCCUGCAGGGCCCUGGGGUGGGAGGGGAGCCCAGCUCACCCCACAGGCAGUCCCAGCCGUGCCCUCUCUCUCUGAGCUCCCAGGGUGUGCCCAUCCUCCCGCUGGCACAGCUUCCCUCCUGCCAGGGGCACCCAGGGACACAGGCUGGGGGUAAACCCAAGCUCUGGCCAUCUCAAGGGGCAGAUUUGGGAUCCCACCCUGUGCUAGGGCCCCGUGGCACAGUGACAUUUCCUUGUCCCUCUACCCCACUCCUGCAGUCUCAGGGCCCAGGGCUCAUUUCCACCUGUGCCAGACAGGCUGGGCACUGCUCUGCCCCAAACCUCCUGGCUUUGCCCUCUUUGGGACUGGUGCCAGCCGAGGGGACCCAGUGCCAGCCCCCAGCCCGGGGUGGAGGGCAGUGGGCAGCAGGGGGGCACAGCUGGGGUUUGGGGUGCUCCAAGCCUGCUCUCAGGGGAGAGGGAAGGGCAUUGCUGGACACCCUUGCUGGUCCUGGGGCCACUCAUGGCACUUGUCCCCAGCCCAGUCUGCACCUUUGGCACCUUUGUCCUCCUGACCCAGUCCCUGGCCCUUUAGGUGCUGCUCUCACUCUGUCACCUGGGAAUGUGUCACUUCAUGGGCACCCCAGGGUGAGCAGGACAUCCCUCACUGCCCCCCCACGGUGAGCAGGAUGUCCCUCACUGUCACCCCCGGGUGAGCAGGACAUCCCUCAUUGCCCCCCCACAGUGAGCAGGAUGUCCCUUACUGUCACCCCCGGGUGAGCAGGACAUCCCUCACUGUCCCCCCACCGUGAGCAGGAUGUCCCUCACUGUCCCCACAACGUGAGCAGGAUGUCCCUGCGUGUCCCCCACGGGAGGUGGCAGUGGGGCACAGGGCUGGCCCAGGGUUCCCAUGAUCCUGAGGGAAGGACAAACACAGCCAGCAGUGCCAGCAGUGCCACCAAGGUGGCUUUGGGACCAGAAAAGACUUUUCAGGGCAACAAAUCAGGACACUGUGGGGCAGGGCAGCUGACGGUGUCCCCUGCCACCCCUGGGGUCACAGCUGGGGACAGUACCCUGCUGCCCUGCUGCUCCCUGUGAGGUUCCUGCACUGCCCCAGCCCUGUCCCAGUGUCCCCACCCAAACCUGGGGUGCCAUGACCCCGACCCCAUGUGAGAAGUGCCUGAGACACGGCACUGGAAUGGAAACCCCGUUUCAUAAGCAAUGGUGACCUGGCCA